AUGAGUGUUGGACGCCGGAGAAUAAAGUUGCUGGGUAUCCUGAUGAUGGCCAAUGUCUUCAUUUAUCUGAUCGUGGAGGUGUCGAAAGGCGGUAGCCAGGACAAAAAUGGGAAAGGAGAGGUGAUCAUCCCCAAAGAGAAGUUCUGGAGGGUGUCCAGGCCCCCCACGGCGUACUGGAACAGGGAGCAGGAGAUGCUGAACAAGCGGUACAACCCCAUUCUCAGCGCGCUGCCCAACCAGACCGGCGAGGGCUACGAGUUCUCCAACCUGAGCCACCUCAACUACUGCGAGCCCGACCUGCGGGUCCCCUCCGUGGUCACGGGCUUCAGCAACUUGCCGGACAGAUUCAAAGACUUCCUGCUGUACCUGAGAUGUCGCAAUUACUCACUGCUUAUCGACCAGCCGCACAAGUGUGCAAAGAAGCCCUUCUUGUUGCUGGCCAUCAAGUCCCUCACCCCCCACUUCGCCAGACGGCAAGCCAUCCGGGAGUCCUGGGGUCGCGAAGCCACCGUGGGGAACCAGACGGUGGUGCGGGUCUUCCUGCUGGGCCAGACCCCCCCGGAGGACAACCACCCCGACCUUUCGGAUAUGCUGAAAUUCGAGAGCGAGAGGCACCAGGACAUCCUUCUGUGGAACUACAGGGACACCUUCUUCAACCUGUCCCUGAAGGAAGUGCUGUUCCUUCGCUGGGUGAGCAGCUCCUGCCCCAACGCAGAGUUUGUGUUCAAGGGUGACGAUGACGUCUUCGUGAACACCCACCACAUCCUGAAUUACUUGAAUAGCUUGUCCAAGAAUAAAGCCAAAGAUCUGUUUAUCGGCGAUGUCAUCCACAAUGCUGGACCUCAUCGGGAUAAGAAACUGAAGUACUACAUCCCCGAAGUUGUUUACUCGGGUGUCUACCCGCCUUAUGCCGGGGGAGGUGGCUUCCUCUACUCCGGCCACCUGGCCCGGAGGCUGUACGCGAUGACCGACCGGGUCCACCUCUACCCCAUCGAUGACGUUUAUACUGGAAUGUGCCUUCAGAAACUCGGCCUCGUUCCAGAGAAACACAAAGGCUUCCGAACAUUUGAUAUCGAAGAGAAGCAUAAGAAUAAUAUCUGCUCCUAUGUAGACCUGAUGUUAGUCCAUAGCAGAAAACCCCAGGAGAUGAUCGAUAUUUGGUCUCAGUUACAAAAUGCUCAUUUAAAAUGCUAA